GCCAUCUGAAAACUAGGAUUGUAAAUAACCGCUUCUUUGCUCGGCUUUAAUAUGAUUUUCGAUCGCUAUGCAGUAUCAGGCAACAGCGGCGACGAGUACGAAUUGCCCGCCGUGCGACAUCUUAAUUUUACGCCAUUCUCCACGCACACCAACCAUCUCAAUCACCAUCCCCCACAUCAUCAUAAUCAUCACCAAACGCACCUGCCAACCACACCACUCACAGCACCUCCCACGUCACAACCAUCAUUGAAUUACGAACGCAGCGAAUACAAGCGGGACAGCGGUGAACAUAAUAACGUUAACGCCAUCAUACAGAACGGGCACAACGGCACGCCCUACGAUUUGGAACAAUCGCCGCUUUAUGCAACGCCGAUUGGGACGACAUUUGGCAAUCAUCACCAGCAGCAUCACAAUAACAACAAUAACAAACAGAAUACACAGCCACCGCAACAACACCUGCCCACGCAAUCGAUAGCAACAACAGCAACAGUGGCUACAACAACACCCGCCUCAGCGUCUGCUUCAGCGCAUCAAAUGGAGCGUUUCUUCAGCAGUAAAGUGCACGCGGAAGAUUUCUUCAUGCAGCUGGCACGUUUACAAGGACUAGACAAUCCCUUGUGUGGCCUGGACAUACGAGAGCAGGGCGUGUAUGCGAAAGUGCCAUUGUGCCGCGGAACGCGUUAUGGCCCGUUUGCGGUGAAGCUAUGCAGUGAACCGACGGCGCCGAGUCUGGCUUGGGAGGUUAUUGCACGUCCACAUUUCCGCGGCUGGUUGGAACCCUCACAUGAUGUGUCGAUGUGGCUGCGCAAAAUACGCGCUGUCGAUGGAGACGGAGAGGCUAAUCUAAAGAAUUUCCUAGUGGCAGGAUAUCUUUGGUACGAAACAAAUCGUGAUAUAAAUGCCGGCGAAGAAAUCACAAUCGAUGGCCGGCCGCGCACACCCAUACACCUUAACGACGGCUCCAUCAAUGGAGCGGAUGCGGGAGGUGCAUUAUGUCCGACGGGUGGAUCGCUGCACGGUGAUGAUAAAAGCGAACGUGAUAAUGGAUCCCUCUACAGUGGCGGCAACACUACUGGCGACGACGAAUACAACAAGGAGCGUUCGUUUAGCGAACAAGUGGAUGGCAUUGAUUUGACCGACGACGAAAACGGUUUCGAUAUACGUUGUGAAGUUUGUGAUAAAACCUUUCAAGAUUUGGAAAUUUUGGACCAUCAUUUGGUAGCUAAACAUUCAUUUCGAAAAGACGAUUUUGCCUGUGACUUGUGUAGCAAACCCUUUUGCCAUCGUCCUUUAUUACUGAAGCAUCGCGCCUUGGUACAUAACGACAUACGAAAGUAUCCCUGUGAGAAUUGCACAAAGGUAUUUUGUGAUCCAUCGAAUUUACAACGGCAUAUUCGUGCCAACCACAUCGGUGCCAGAAGUCACGCGUGUCCGGAGUGCGGAAAAACAUUUGCGACAUCGUCCGGCCUCAAGCAGCACACGCACAUCCAUUCGUCGGUAAAGCCGUUCCAGUGUGAGGUGUGCUUCAAGGCGUAUACGCAAUUCUCGAAUUUAUGCCGUCACAAGCGCAUGCACGCCGAUUGUCGCAUGCAAAUCAAAUGCAAUAAGUGCGGCCAGAGCUUCAGUACGGUAACAUCGCUAUCGAAGCAUAAGCGUUUCUGUGACUCCACCAGCGUGUCAACGCUACCACCACCGCCUGUGUCUGCCGCAUCUGUUGCAUCAGGUGUCAACUUGCCGCCGCAUUUACCGUCGCAACAACAGCAAGCCAUGCAGUCACGUGUCGCUGCACUGCAAUCGAUGAACGCCGCUGUGGCUGCUGCUGCGGGGAAUGUUAAUGGUGCAGGAGCUGGACUACCAGGCGCUGGGAUGCCCGCAUCAGCCCAUCCAUUCCUGCUCUUUCCUACGCAGCCAUUCUUUCCGAAUUUCCCAGCCGCUGCCGCCGCCUAUGGAUUGCAAAGUAUAUUUCCGGGAAGUCCAGCGCAGGCCUCGAACUUUCCGUUCCUCUUUCCGAAAACAAAUCUGGAUAUGCGUAUGCCGGGCAUGCAGACGACAAGCAACCAUAAUGCACCUAGCAGUUUACCGUCGCCGAAAGCAAUGCGACAGCAACUUAAUUUUGCCUUCGGCGAAAAUAUGCGCGCUGGCGGUGGCUCGCCAUCCAGUGAGCACAGUCAGAAGCAGUCGAAUAAUAAUACUGAAAGAGAUCACGUGAAUGAUGCAGAAGAGGAUCUGAAAACUGCCUUGCCACUUGGGUUGGCGCUCGCCUGCAAUUCGCCCAAUUUCAACAACCGUAGGAGUUUUUCGCCACGAAAUCACUGCGAUGAGGAGAAUAGCUCGUCGGUGGAAUUGAAGGUUUCGCCCAAUGAAGACAUGGAGGAGCCAGAGGAGAUGCCAACAUUUGAGAGCAAUACUUGUAAACAAACCGAAGACGAUAAGAAAUCGAUUGACAUUAUAAGCACACCACCGCCGGCUGAAGCGUCCGACGAAGAAAACAGUAAGCCCACAAAUAGCGUCGCAGAAUUGCCACUCGAUUUGAGUAUAACGCGCAAACGUGCGCGCACCGCUAGUUGCAGCACUAGCGCAGAUGCACAGUCGAUACAUAGCGAUCUCCCCAAUCAGGCUGAGCAGAGCGAGCAUAAAUUCGUAUCCGAGCUUCGGCAGGAUUCCAACUCAUCACGCAAUCAUAGCAAUGGUGCUACACCAGCCAAGCAACAACGUCCAUCACUCAACUCAUCACGCCUCUCCUAUCAGAGUAGUCGUACACCAUCGGUUACGGCCUCACCUGGACCGACACCUUCACCCUCGCCACCUCGUAACGAGCCAGCCAAUUUACAUGCCACGGACGCUAAUUCCUCUGCCACAAGUGGCAUCUCUUGUCCACAACCGAUGCAUCCACAUCCCCUACUCAUGGAUGAAUUCUAUCGUACACGUGCCCUGAGUGCCGCAUUCCCACGGCCGUUUCCUUUUUUAGGCCCAAUGGGCGGACGGCCAGCCUAUGAGGGUGCACUGCAUCGUGCUGGCAUGCCGUUUCCGCCCGAACCGGCCUUCCGUGAAGUGCUACGUGCUGCUGGCCUCACUGGCAGUAUGUUAGCCACAGCCUCAGGUAAAAUCAAAGAACGCUACACUUGCAAAUUCUGUGGCAAAGUGUUUCCGCGUUCAGCCAAUUUGACGCGUCACUUGCGCACGCACACCGGCGAGCAGCCAUACACCUGCAAAUAUUGCGAUCGCGCUUUUAGCAUUUCAUCGAAUCUGCAACGCCAUGUGCGUAAUAUACACAACAAGGAGCGGCCAUUCCGCUGUCAUUUGUGCGACCGUUGCUUCGGACAACAAACGAAUCUCGAUAGACAUUUGAAGAAGCACGAGGCAGACACCAGCGGCAUAGGUAUUGGUGUUGGCGAUUCACCAUCGUCAAUUGAGGCGGACCGCGAUGACUCUUACUUCGAUGAAAUACGUACGUUUAUGGGACAAGUAACCUACAAUGAAGAGUUGUAUACGCCCACGAGUAUUGGUGGCGCGGAAAAUGAUACCGAAUAUGGCGGCAGUGAUGUGGAUGCAGAGCUAUCAGUAUCGCGCUCAUCGUCGGUAGAUGCAAUGGCGGGUGGUAGUAGCGAAGAGCGAGUGACUGUGAAAAAGGAGCCAACGACGGCUAUGGCGAAAAGCAACAAAACUAUCGAGGUGGGCUCAUAAGAAGGCCAGUUGUGGAAUAAGAGAUAGAAUGAAAAGGAAGAUAAAGGAUGAAAGGGAAUAAGAAAAUUGCUACAGCGAAUGCGAAAUGUCUGGGCAAAAAUGAGUGUAGAAAUAGCUGGAAUCAAUAUUUAGAAAGUUGUAACUAAAUUUGUGCGACAGUUUCUGUGUUCGGAGACUUGGCUCUUAUCUUGCAAGAACUUCGGCAGUCGAUGGGCCAGCGCUUCGGAACAGUAGUCAAAGGAUUCAAUAGUGAUAAAGCUGUGAGCAUCUGCUUGUGGCUUUCCAUCGAGCAUUUGUGGAUAGAUUAGAGUAGACAAAAGUUGUAUAAAUGAUAAUUGUUGGGCCUGUAAAAUAAGAAAAUGAUCAUUUAGCAUACAUGUAAUGACCACUUACAGAUGUUUUGUUUUUUCUUAGUUGUUAAAUUUAUAAUAAACUACUAUGGUAAAUAAAUUCUUGAUUUAGGUAGAACUAAUCAGGAAUUGAAAAACGUAAAAAAAUGCUACCAAAAACGUUAAUUACUUAUUUAAAAUAUAAAAGAAAUCGCCAGAUUGCACUCUGUAACACUUGAAAGCGUCAUUAGAGUAUUUGUUUAGUUUUAAGUGCCGCAUUAAGCAAGUAACUGAUAUAAACUUAGUCGUUAAGUAAUAAAAGUAAUUUGUAAAUACAAUAGAAAUAAUUAUGUUGAAAUGUUUUUGGUAUAACACGCACACAUAAUA